AUUAUCAUUAAUAUGUGAGGAAGGAACUAAACAUUGCAACAUUUGCAACUAGAUUUUGAUGAAACAGAUGUCCCGUGUCUAAAAAACCCAAAUAACAAUGCCAAAAAAGAUGAGUAAAAAAAGUAAAGUUAAAUAAAGUUGAGAUUUGCAUUAAAAGGAUUGUUCUUUUUGUUGAAUUAGAAAAAAAUGUUGGUUUUAGGUCUUUGGAAGAUGAAGAAAAUGGAACUAAGGACGGCGACAUCAAAGCAAUCAUUUUUUUAUUUUUUAUUUUAUUGCUUUCUUGUGUUCCGUAACAACAACAAUGGACGAUGACCCCAUUUUUCUCCUUGAAUCCAGCCAUUAAUUUGAAUAUUUCUUGAUUUCUUCGUCCUCUUCUCUUCUCCUUUAUCGAUCCAUCUCCUGAAAAAAGAUUCAACAUUUGCCAAUACCCUUUGUUGAUUUUCUAUCGUAUCUGCUUCAAUAUCCUCUUUCCAUUUCCGAUUUCGACGACUUUCUAUCUUUCUCCCAUGUCGCCGACCUGACCUCUCUUACUUCUCUCCUUGAGGAUUUUCGCUUUUGCCUCAAUUUUUUGAACCAAAGAGAAAACAAUGAGCAAGUUCGGCGACUUGAAUCCCGCCUUCUCUGGUGUGGGUCGAAGCAGCAGCAAUAACCCCGACGCGAGUUUCAAUUCAGCGCCGUUUCCGCGGUCAUCUUCUGGUCUCUCUAAGCCCAGAUUCUCCAAGGUGAGAAGGCAAGUAAAGUCUCAGAAUUUGAAGCCCUCGGGUACUUCUGAUUCUAUACCGGGUCAGAGUUUCAACCCGUUUCACUUCCGUGGGUCUUUUGCUGGUGAUCCAACUCCUAGUGAGAUCGGAUUUGGACGGAGCAGCAAUGAGGGUUUUGUAUUUGGAUCAACUGAUGUUGGGAAAUUGCACUCUGAUGAAGAAAUUGGGAAAAGAGUUAUGGAAGAGAUGGAAAAGUUGAAAAUUGAGAGUGAAGGAAAGGCUUCAAGGCUUCCUGAAGAUAUGAAGAAUUUGAAUUCUAGCUUUAGUUUUGGUGUAAAGAAGGGAAGCAAUUCAGUUUUUGCAGCGAGUAAAAAUGUGGAAGAUGAACUUCCAACUUUGUUAAGUAAUAAACUGACUAUUGAUUCUUCUUCGAGGAGUACAGGACAUGUGAUCCAGGAAAGUAUGGAGAAGUUAAAUAUUUCAGAGAGGGUGACUGAUCAGAGACAUAGUAAUAAUGUCAAAUCCAAAGUGUCUAUGGAUUAUGUUGGGGAGAAGAUACUAUCUGAUGAUUUGAGUAGAAAGUUAAGUGUUGCAAGUAUGACUACUGAUGGGAACCUUUCUGGAGAUUCAGUUCAGGGAAGUGUGAAUGGGAAGAAAGUCCAUGAUUUUAAUAGUUCAUGUCCGAUGAACUAUAGUUUUGUAGGUACAGAGCCAAGUCAAAAUCUGAAUGCUAGAAAUGUUCAUGAUGUGUCCUCUUCAGUAAAUACUUCCGAGUUUAAUUUUGUGAGUAAUCAAGACAGUCGGGGGACAGGUUUUAUGGAAUUCAAGACCCCUAAUUCGAAAGUAAACCCAUUUUCUAGUUUGGACCAGAAAUUGGGGUUCAAUGCGAAGAAGGACAGUGUUGGUGCCACGAGAGCGAGAAGGAAAGGGGGUAAGCAGCCUGUGAAAGUGCAGCUAAAUAUUGGACGUGAGUUUGCUUUUGCAGAAAGUGCUACUCCAAAUGGAAGCAAUGAGGCUCCUGAGGCGUAUUCACCAAUGGAUAUUUCUCCAUAUGAGGUCACAGAAGAUUGUGGAGACUUUUCUGCUGAUAUACCACCUACUGCUCCAAAUGAUUUGUUUGAUGCAGACCUAGUUGCUGCAACCGAGCGGAUGGAAAUUAACGAGGGGGAUGAAAUUAAUAACUAUCAAGCUAAAGAAUUUAAUACUGGAAAAUGUGCCGAUCAUGAAGACCUUGCUGAAGGUUCUAUAUCUGGAGCUGAAACUGAAAGUUUUAAAUCAGCAGCGGAAGAGAUGGAAACUAGUAGUGAAACUUUUGCUACAGCUUCAGAAAGUGAGGUUACUUCACGAUAUAGGUCUGAUAGGAAAGAAAAUGAUGACCAUUCCCUCUCUAAUACAGAUGCUGCUAGCUCCAGCUUUACCUUUUCUGCUUCAUCAUUUUCGGGAGUGCAGGGGCAACUAUCAACUUCAAAGCGUAUCAAUAGGAAGAAAAACCCGAUUAAACUUGGGCAGGAUCCAUAUAUCCUAAUUCCAAAUGCAACACUACCAUUAAAGUCUUCACAACAUUCUCCGUUAACUGGUGUGCAGUCACACUUGCCCGCUGGAAAACCCAGUGAAAGGGAUCCGCUUACUCGUCUACACAAGCCUAUUAAUAGUUCUGUGAUGGACAAAGCACGAAUCGAAAAAGAUGUGUCUAAUGUAGCGCAAGAAGCAUGUGAAAAGUGGCGAUUAAGAGGAAACAAUGCUUAUAAAAUUGGAGAUCUUUCCAGAGCUGAGGAAUCUUACACUCAAGGGAUUGAUUCAGUGCCUAGAAUCGAAACUUCUAGAAACUGUCUCAGGGCAUUGAUGCUUUGCUACAGCAACCGUGCUGCGACACGCAUGGCCCUUGGAAGAAUGAGAGAAGCAAUAGCAGAUUGUACGAUGGCUUCUUCAAUAGACUCCAACUUCCUUAAAGUUCAAGUCAGAGCUGGAAAUUGUUACCUUUCACUUGGGGAGAUUGAAGAUGCAUCCAGGUAUUUCAAAAAAUGCUUGCAAUCAGGAAGUGAAAUCUGUGUGGACCGUAAAAUUAUUGUAGAGGCUUCUGAAGGUCUACAAAAGGCACAGAGAGUUUCCGAAUGCAUGCAUGAAGCUGGCCGUCGUUUGCAACUUAGAACAUCAACUGAUGCUGAAAAAGCUUUGGAAAUACUGGAAGAAUCUCUUUUGAUAAGUUCAUACUCUGAAAAGUUACUCACCAUGAAGGGAGAGGCGCUCUUGAUGCUUGAGAAGUAUGAAGCAGCAAUAAAGCUUUGUGAGCAGACAGUUGAUUUGGCUGGAAAGAAUUCUCUUCCAGAUUCUCAUGACACUCCCAAGGACACAAACUUUAGAAUUUGGCAGUGUCAUGUCAUGCUUAAAUCAUAUUUCCAUAUGGGAAAGCUUGAGGAGGCAAUUGCUUCUCUAGAGAAGCAAGAACAAUUACUAUCUGCUACAAAAAGAGACGGAAACAAAACUCUUGAAUCCUCCAUUCCAUUGGCUGCUACUAUACGUGAGUUGUUGCGCCUUAAGUCGGCAGGGAAUGAAGCCUUUCAGUCUGGACGACACACUGAAGCAGUUGAACAUUACACAGCAGCCCUGGCUUGCAACGUGGAAUCACGUCCUUUUACAGCUGUGUGUUUCUGUAAUCGUGCUGCUGCAUAUAAGGCUCUUGGUCAAUAUUCUGACGCUAUUGCAGACUGCAGCCUUGCUAUUGCUCUUGACCAAAAUUACUCAAAGGCUAUUUCUAGACGGGCCACGUUGUUCGAGAUGAUUAGGGAUUAUGGGCAGGCAGCAAGUGACACGGAGAGAUAUGUUAAUAUUCUAACCAAGCAAAUGGAAGAGAAGACCUCUGGAAUUAUUGACAGAUUCACUAGUAUGGCCAAUGACAUAAGACAAGCUCGUAUACGACUUUCUGAACUGGAAGAGAAAUCAAGGAAAGAAAGUUCAUUGGAUAUGUACCUCGUUUUGGGUGUUGUACCAUCAUGCUCGGCUUCAGAUAUCAGAAAGGCGUAUCGGAAGGCCGCACUCAAACAUCAUCCCGACAAGGCUGGUCAGUCUUUGACAAGAAACGAGACUAAAGAUGAGAGGUUAUGGAAGGAAAUAGGAGAAGAAGUGCGCAAAGAUACCGAUAAAUUAUUUAAAAUGAUUGGGGAAGCGUAUGCUGUGCUUUCAGACCCUGCAAAGCGUUCUCAGUAUGAUCUUGAAGAAGAGAUGCAUAAUUCGCAAAAGAGACGUGACGGAAGCAGCACAUCUGGAGCAGACACUGAUAAUUAUCCUUUCCACAGCAGUAGAAGAAACUGGAGGGAAGGCUGGAGUUCACGUAAAGACCCAUCAGCUCCGAGGUGGUUUGAUCCAAACCGAUCAAACAGAUACCCGUUGUAACUGUAAUCAUCUCGAAGGUAUCAUUUACCAAAUUCCUCAGCAGCUACGUUGAGUACUCCUGCAAAUACUCAGGCUGGUAAGGCAUGGAUAGUAUUAUCAGAUGGUCAGAUUCGUGGAGGAAGAUACACAUCACACGAUAAACUUGAAAGACUUGAGAUGCCGGAAAUUUACGCAAGUAAUGGAGAAAAAGAAGGAGUCUCUGUAUUGUAUACUCGUUUUGUUCGUGAGGUAUAGACUUCUACGUUGUUCUCCAUGUGAAGAAACAUUGUACAGGUCACAGGGAACGUAGAGUGGAUGAUUGAAGGAGACAUACAUAUAGAGUGUUUUUUUUUUUUUUUUUUCUGUUUAUGUUUCUUGGGGUCGUGAAGAAAGACAAUGUGUGGUCUCUCUUGUUGUUAACCCUUUUGAUUGUAGAUUGUCUCAAUUCAUUGAUUUCUGGAAAAAUUCUUCUAAAUUUGAUUUUGCAUUUAUGAAAAAUAUAUGAUGUUUGAAUG